AUGGCCAAUGUACGAGUUCUUAGUUCUUACACAGUGGACGACUCACAUGACACUCUAGUUAAUAAAAGUGAAGAGAAUGACUUUGAAAAGAAAGGCACUUCUGAUCCUGUGGUUUAUCAACUAGUUCGGGUUGAAGGUGAUGGAACACUUGUUCCUGCUACAGAGGAUGAUGUUUUGAAGUUUGAACAUUUCCUUCAUAAUGAGAAGGAUGAUCUUCCUCCUAUUGAAGAUGUAGGCCAUGUGGAAGAGUUUUUCAACAAUGAUUGCAUGUUACUGAAGAAGCCUGACUUGGAAGAUGGAUCUUCCAAAUUGGAGACUGUAGAAGUACACACACAAAAAUUGGGUACCGACUUAGAGGAAAACAGAUUACAGUCAUUGGAUGAUUCCCUUAGUCCUCCCUCAGAGUGUAGAGUUAUUCAUAGUCAGCAUUCAGAUAAAUUGCUUCCAGAACAAGGGGACAACGUCACUCGACAGGACAAUGCUUCAACUGAGACUACAAAAUCGACAGUGUUAAAUGACUCUUGCGGUGCUGAAAAAGACAAGGCUGAUGCCUGCUCAAGACCUGUUUGCGACACAUCUACAGACCCAUCUGUUUCUGGAGUUAAUAGUUCCAUGCCUGAUUUUUCCAUAUUAAGAGGAGAAGUCUGUUUGGAUGAUCUUACUAUUAGAGAACUUCAGGAGGCAUUUAUUGCCACAUUUGGCCGGCAGACUACUGUCAAAGACAAGAUAUGGCUCAAAAGACGGAUUACAAUGGGCUUGACUAAUUCCUAUGAUGUUCCAAGUUCAGGUUGUGUAGUUAAAGACUACAAAAUUGUUGGCAGGGAUACCAAAAAAGAUAUAUCAGACAUGGAUGAAAGAGCUAAGACUGGGCUUAGAGCUACUUCUCUAGUUAUAUAUCCAGGAAACGAAGGGGACUCACCAUCUAGCUCUUACUAUCAGAGCGAGGAUCAGCAAGAUUCUUCCAAGAGAGUUAAAAGAGUACAAAUCCAUAAUGAUGAACCACAAGGAAAUCUGCUAGGCGAGCAAUGCACUAACAAGCGAACUAGAAAGCCAACAAAAAGAUACAUAGAGGAGCUAUCAGACAUUGAGACUCAUGACUCCACUGUAAAAAUUUCUUCACCAGCAAAAAGGCCUGCACAUGAUGAAGUGUUAAUGAAACUGCGGGUCACACCUUUCAAUGAGGCUGAUUCUCUGGGCACGAUCUAUCCUACUAGAAAGGAUACCCUUGGAGGAUUUAGUGUACAUGUUCCUUACGUUUCAAGGAUGAGAAGGGGGCGCCCUAGGAAGGACUUCAUUUCAUUUGCGGAUAAGGAACCCUCAGUUGAACCUAAAGGGAUUCAGACAGCAGUUGAGAUGAUAUUAGCGAAGGAUGGUGACAAGGGAAACCACCUUUGGAAAGCACCUGAAGUUCCACUAAAGGUAAGUUCUGAGAAAGGGCAUAUAGAAGCAGUUGAUAGUAAAGGGGUUCGAAACCUACAAGCAAAGGUCUACAGUGCUGUUGCCAAGCCUAAAAUAAAGCGGGGUUUAACGCGGAAGCAUCAUCGAGCGUGGACAUUGUGUGAGGUCGUGAAGCUGGUUGAUGGUGUGGCUCGGUUUGGAGCUGGCAAGUGGUCUGAGAUUAGAAAACUGUCCUUUGCCUCAUAUUCUUACCGCACUUCAGUGGAUCUCAAGGACAAAUGGCGUAACCUGAUCAGAGCAACCAAGACACAGCUUCCGGCACAAAAAGACGGUGCCUGUCCGCGGAAGAUUAACCCUUGUAUCAUACCAAUACCACCAUCCAUUUUGUUGCGAGUGAAGGAGCUAAACGAGCUGCAGUUGCAAGGGGGUGGCUUCACAGCCCCAGUCAAGUUCUCUGGGCAGGACAGCAAGGUUCUACAGGGAAAAGGGUCAGGUUUUUUGUGA